UAAAUUACUAUUGUAUGUAAAAUUGCUCGUUUUUCUUCUUGUUGAUAAUCAAAUUAGACAAAGAAAUUGAGACUGAGUAGAAGGAAGCUGCAACAAUGGCGGCAUCGAAGCCGUCACCAACCGAGACCUGGGAUUCUACUCUCCCUGGUCCUCCCAGCCGUAACAACUUCGGAUCCGCCGAUCUAAGUCCAUCUGGUCUCUUCGCCUUCGCCUCUGGCUCCUCCGUAUCUGUUAUCGACUCUCGUUCUCUCCAGCUCGUUUCCACUAUCCCUCUCCCUCCUCCUCCUGGUGCUCUCUCUCCCUUCGUUACUUCCGUCCGUUGGAUCCCUCUCCCUCUCCCCCGCGAUUUACUCUCCACGGAGCCAUCCGCCUCUCACCUUCUCCUCGCCGUUGCCGAUCGUCACGGCCGUGUCGCGCUCGUUGACUUCCAUCUUCGUUCCGUCGUCGUCUGGCUUAACCCUUCCUCUGAUCCCAAGCUUGGGAUUCAGGACCUCUGCUGGGUUCAAGCUCGACAGGAUUCUCAUGUCCUCGCCGUGAUUUCUGGAUCUUCUUUUCUCUCACUCUACACAACCUCCGGUGUACUUUUCUGGAAGUACGAUGCCGGUACGGAGAUUCUCUCAUGUCUCCGCCGCGAUCCCUAUGAUUCUCGCCAUUUCUGUGUGCUUGGCCUUAAAGGAUUCCUACUGUCGGUUAAGGUACUCGGAGACACUGAAAAUGACGUAGUGAUUCAUGAGAUGCAGAUAAAGACGGAUUUCAGUGAGCUAUUGAGGUUGGAAAGAGAGGCUGCUAUUAAUGGCAAUUCAUCAUCUUCUCCGUCUUCUUCGCCUGCUUCAGCCGCAUUUCCGUUAUACUUUGCUAGAUUUGCAUUCUCGCCACACUGGAAGAAUAUACUGUUUGUGACGUUUCCUAGGGAGCUAUUGGUCUUUGAUCUGCAAUAUGAGACGCCCCUCUCGACCAUGCCAUUACCUCGUGGUUGCGCCAAGUUUCUCGAUGUUUUGCCAGAUCCAAACAAGGAGUUGCUUUAUUGUGCUCAUGUCGAUGGUAGGCUCAGCAUUUGGCGUCGGAAAGAAGGAGAACAGGUGCAUGUCAUGUGUACCAUGGAAGAGUUAAUGCCACCUAUUGGAAUGUCCAUUCCAACCCCUUCAGCUCUGGCUGUUCUUCUUAGUCAGUCGGACUCCACAAUGCAAACCAUUACAAAACUUCACCCAGAUGGAACUUUUUCUUUGGAUUUUGAUAACCCAUUUGACUUUUACGACGAAAGUCUCCUUUCUAAGACGACUUUUAUCUCCCUAACUGAUGACGGUAAAAUAUGGAAGUGGGUCUUAAGUGCUGAAGGUGUUGAAGAUGCCCUGAAAAAUGCAUCAGACUUGGACAUAGGUAACAGAGGCACGGAUGUAGCACUUCCUGUAGCUAUUCAGAAAAACGAUUCCUUUAAUCUGGAUGACGGAUUAGUUGUUGCACCUACAAAUAAAAGCAGAGGUCACACAUCAAGUUACUCAUUGGGAAAAUCAGACCUAUCUUUUAAGAUCAGCCUGACUGGACAGCUUCAGCUUCUGUCAUCCACAGUCUCUACACUUGCUGUGCCAUCUCCGUCUCUUACGGCAACUCUAGCAAGAGGGGGUAAUAUUCCUGCAGCAGCUGUUCCUUUGGUUGCUUUGGGAACUCAGAGCGGGACAAUCGAUAUUGUUGAUGUAUCGACAAAUGCUGUUGCUGCAAGCACUUCGGUUCAUACUGGUGUGGUUAGGGGCCUUCGUUGGCUUGGAAAUUCAAGAUUAGUUUCAUUUUCUUACAGUCAGGUGAAUGACAAAAGCAGAGGCUACAUAAAUAAGCUAGUUGUGACCUGCCUUAGGAGUGGGUUGAAUAAACCAUUUCGUGAUUUACAAAAGCCAGAGCGUACUCCCAUAAGAGCUCUUAGAACUUCUUCUUCCGGAAGGUAUCUUCUAAUCCUUUUCCGUGAUGCUCCUGUAGAAGUAUGGGCAAUGACCAAGCAUCCAGUCAUGCUUAGAUCACUAGCUCUUCCUUUCACGGUAGUGGAAUGGACGCUUCCAGCAGUUCCACGCCCAGGUCAAGGCGGUCUUUCCAAACCAUUGCUCUCAGUUUCCGAAGGAGUAACUGCUCCAACAGACUCUAUGUCUAUGGGCUCAGACGGAUCGCCUGAAGAAACUGUAGAGAGUUUUGCAUUUGCACUAGUAAAUGGUGCCCUUGGAGUAUUUGAAGUCCAAGGACGUAGAAUUCGAGAUUUCAGACCUAAAUGGCCAUCUACUUCAUUCGUUCCCUCAGAUGGAUUGGUUACGGCCAUGGCAUAUCGCUUGCCUCAUGUGGUUAUGGGAGAUAGAUCAGGAAACAUAAGAUGGUGGGAUGUAACAACUGGACAGUCAUCUGCAUUUAAUAGUCACAGAGAUGGAAUACGGAGGAUCAAAUUUUCACCUGUUGUUGCUGGAGAUCGCAGCCGAGGGCGUGUAGCUGUGCUAUUUAAUGACAAUACAUUCUCUGUAUUUGAUCUUGAUUCACCGGAUCCGCUAGCCCAGUCACUUCUCCAGCCUCAGAUUCCUGGCACCCUGGUACUGGAACUUGAUUGGUUGCCUCUGAGAACUGAUAAGUAUGAUCCACUUGUUCUAUGCAUUGCUGGGGCCGAUAGCACCUUCCGGCUCGUUGAAGUUACUGUAAAUGAAAAGAAAGCUGGCUUUGUGCCCCAGUCUAAAUCUGUGAAGGAGAGGUUUCGUCCUAUGCCUAUGUAUUCCCCUAUCCUACUUCCUGUACCACAUGCACUGGCACUGCGGAUGAUUUUACAGUUAGGAGUGAAACCAUCUUGGUUUAAUACAUCUAGUACCACUUUAGAGAAGAGACCUCAUUUGAUCCGUGGAAUGGCUUCAUCCUCUAAGGAUCUUCGGAGUUACAUGAUUCAGUUACCACCUUUAGGAGACCCUGUUGUGCCAGAAAUGCUGCUGAAGAUACUAGAACCGUAUCGUAAAGAAGGUUGCUUGCUGGACGAUGAAAGAGCAAAACUAUACGCUGAUGUAGUCAAGAAAGGUUAUGCUGCAAGAUUUGCUUUUGCAGCUGCUGUUUUUGGUGAAACCUCAGAAGCACUUUUCUGGUUGCAACUGCCUCAAGCCAUUCGCCAUCUGAUGAACAAGCUGACGAAAAGGUCUCCACAGAAAAUUAUUUCCCCUGCUUUAGACUCAGGAGUUGAUGAAGCUGCUAUGCUGAGUAAGAUGUCAUCUACUGGUAUAUCAGCUCCUGAAGCCAGGAAGUUAGAUUCCAUGUCUGAUGGCCCACUUAGAUUGAUGGCUUUUGAGCGAGAAGAAUUACGGAAACGUGCUAAUGAACGUCUUCCUUGGCAUGAAAAAUUGGAGGGGGAAGAUUGCAUUCAGAAACAAGUACAUGAGCUAAUAUCAGUUGGAAAUUUGGAAGCUGCUGUCAGUUUGCUGCUUUCUUCAGCCCCAGAUUCUCCAUACUUCUACCCAAAUGCUCUUCGAGCUGUUGCACUCUCUUCAGCUGUGUCUAAAUCUCUUCUCGACCUCGCACUAAAGGUUGUCGCAGCCAACAUGGUAAGGACCGACAAUUCGCUCACUGGUACCCAUCUUCUAUGUGCAGUCGGAAGACACCAAGAAGCUUGUUCACAGCUACAAGAUUCUGGACGGUGGACUGAUGCUGCUACCUUGGCUGCCACACAUUUAGAAGGAUCAGAUUAUGCCAGGGUAUUGCAGAGGUGGGCUGAUCAUGUACUGCAUGCAGAGCACAAUGUCUGGCGGGCGCUUAUUUUAUAUGUGGCUGCUGGUUCCCUGCAAGAGGCGCUUGCAGCUCUCAGAGAAGUGCAACAGCCGGACACAGUAGCCAUGUUUGUGCUCGCCUGUCAGGAGAUUCAUUCAGAAAUCGUAACCGAGCUAUCAAGCCAGGAUGAUGAAUCUGAAUCUGCUUCUGGUGAAGGCACACAUCCUGAUCUGCCUGGUCUUGAACCAGGAAAGGAAGAAGUGACAGCUGUUUGUGAAUACUUUCAACAGUACCAGAGAAAGCUAGUGCAUUUGUGCAUGGACUCUCAACCCUACACCGACUGAUGAGAACUUACACAACCAAACUCUUUGGCUUUGCAAACAUACGAACAUGAAAUCAUAUUUGAAGAACAACAACAAACAAGUUUUGGCAUUUAAAUAUUACUGUAUCUCGGAUUAAGUGAAAGUUUUUGUAUGUUGUAUCCUAACCCUUGUUCUGUGUAAAGUUGAUUUUAAGACUAGAUCGUUUUCUCAGGUGGUUAUAAGUUAUAA